AGCACUUUGAUGCAUUGCGCCGUGAAUAUUGUCAGAUGGAUAGAGGACUGCGAUUCGAUAGGCAGAAACGGACGAGACAAACAGACCUUGCGUGCGCUGCGCAAUCUUGAAACUACAGGGACCAAAGCUGGGCGUCUGCUGCAAGUCUUGGAGCUCCAGUGCAAGGUCUAGCCUGGGGGGAGUCGGUUUUUUUUGGUGGUUUUUCUGAACUUCGGUUUUCUCCCACCUUGUUUGUCUAUCCUCCCUUCAUCCCCGUUUUUUUUCUCCCGCAGCAGACAAGACAGACAAGACAAGGCGUCAUCCCCACCGCCCGUCAAGGUGGCUUUGGCAGGUUGAAAGUCUUUACCAAUCUGCCAAUCGAAAAAUCUUCGACACUGACUGCACGUUUAACCGAAACUCAACGUGCCUUACCUGACAUCAGCUGCAUCCUGUCGUUCGAGCCGGCGCCCGGAACAUUGUGCAAACAGUUUUGAACCCCACCCGCCCAUCACGCACAGUUCCCCCCCUUGACUUUACAAUCACCCAGAAUAAAGAAAAAGACCCCCCUGAGAAACCGGUCAACAACAAAAAACGAUCGAACCCGAAAGAAUAUCGACCCGAAUACGAUUGUUAUCACACCAAAGGCAAAAUCGACAAACAACCGCAAAACAUUGUGUGCGCCUCGUCUGCCGGUAGGCGCGCCACAAGUAAACGGCUAAGCAAAGCCAACGAAUUUGCUCCUUUCGAACGCAAAACCGUGGGCACAAAUCAUGUCGGGAGAGGGACAAACGGCGACGGCGCCGGCGCCGGCGCCUGCAUCGCAGGCCAACAAUGGCGCGAAGGAGCAGACGCAGGGACCUCAGGCAGACUCGCAAGUCAAGACAUCAGGGUCGCCGGCGACGGCAAACUCCAACAUUCCAACCAACCAGCCGGGACAUCCGAGCUUCCGAAGACAAAGAGCAUCUAGAGCUUGCGAGACUUGUCACGCAAGAAAGGUCCGAUGCGAUGCCGCCAGCCUCGGCAUACCAUGCACCAACUGUGUCGCCUUCCAGAUAGAAUGUCGCAUUCCCUCACCGAAAAGAAAGAAGACACAUGCUACCCAAUCAGCCACACAAUCCAGAGAUUCUGACAGUGAGCGCGAGCGCGAGGCCGACGAUGAUCCAACUCCGCCUGCCAACAGCGGGCCUGCUGCCCCAAACUUCACGCGCCCGGCCGCAGUCUUUCAUACGAGCGAAGGGACCCCCAACACUGCGAUGGGAGACGAACAGGCCAAGAAGGUAGAAGUCGACAGGAAUAAAUAUGUCGACAUGCUGGUGAGGCCGCAAUUCACAAGAGCGCCCAUCAAGGAUGCUGGCAGGGUUGCAUUCCUGGGAGAGUCUUCAAACCUCACGCUGCUGGUGCACGAUAGGCAGGGCUCCGACUCCGAUGUGGUUCAUUACCCCUUGCCGGAAAAUGUAAAGGGGUCGAGGGCAAGGAUGACCGAGCUGGACAACGUCGAGAUUGACAUCUUGCACCAACGUGGCGCCUUCCUCCUGCCGCCCAGGUCACUAUGCGACGAACUCAUUGAUGCUUAUUUCAAGUGGAUACACCCGAUAGUUCCCGUCAUCAACCGCACACAUUUCAUGAACCAAUACAACGACCCCAAGAAUCCACCGUCACUGCUUUUACUCCAAGCCAUACUGCUCGCAGGCUCUAGGGUCUGCACAAACCCGGCGUUGAUGGAUGCCAAUGGCUCAUCCACCCCUGCAGCUUUGACAUUCUACAAGAGAGCAAAGGCUCUCUACGACGCCAACUACGAAGACGACAGGGUGACUCUCGUUCAGGCUCUCCUCCUCAUGGGCUGGUACUGGGAGGGCCCUGAGGAUGUGACCAAGAACGUCUUCUACUGGACUCGGGUUGCUACUGUGGUUGCUGAGGGCUCAGGCAUGCACAGGAGUGUAGAGUCGUCUCAGUUGAGUCGGGCCGACAAGAAGCUGUGGAAACGCAUUUGGUGGACUCUUUUCACGCGCGAUCGCUCAGUUGCUGUAGCCCUCGGCCGACCAGUCCACAUAAACCUCGACGACUCUGACGUGGAGAUGUUGACAGAGGAGGACUUCAACGAGGACGAGCCCGGUCUUCCAAGCCAAUAUCCGCCAGAUCAAAGACAUGUGCAGUUUUUUCUGCAAUAUGUUAAGCUCUGUGAAAUCAUGGGCCUUGUGCUAUCCCAACAGUAUUCGGUAGCAUCGAAAGGCCGACAAAGAAACCCGAUCGACUUGACACAUAGUGAUAUGGCGCUGGCGGAUUGGUUACAAAACUGCCCCAAGAUUGUUUACUGGGAGAUGCCGAGGCAUCACUUCUGGUCUGCAUUGCUGCACUCCAACUACUACACGACACUAUGCCUUCUCCACAGGGCACACAUGCCGCCGAGUGGGUAUCGGAAUAAAUUCCCCGAGGAUUCAGCAUAUCCGUCACGCAAUAUUGCUUUCCAGGCGGCGGCGAUGAUUACCUCCAUCAUCGAGAACCUGUCUGCACACGAUCAACUGCGGUACUGUCCCGCCUUUAUCGUUUACAGCUUGUUCUCGGCACUUAUUAUGCACGUCUACCAGAUGAAGUCCCCAGUGCCAACGAUUCAGCAAGUAACACAGGACAGGAUUCGGACAUGUAUGCAAGCACUGAAGGACGUUUCGCGUGUUUGGCUCGUCGGAAAAAUGGUCUGGACGCUGUUCCAAUCCAUCUUAGGCAACAAGGUUCUGGAGGAGAGGCUUCAGAAGGCUGCAGGUAAACGACACAGGAAAGCGCAACAAAUCCUGAACAGGCUCGAUCAGCAUGCCGCGCAGCAGCAACACGAGCAAAACUCUCAUCAGCCAUCACUCCACGAGGCUAAGCGGAAGUAUGACGAGAUGGCGAUUGACUUCAACAACACGCCACAACCCCAAGAAUCAUAUGUGCGAUCGCGGCCCCAGACCCCGAGCAUGUCAGCGAGGCAUGAAACUGCUGGAGGCGGCCACAUGAAUGGCAACAAUGGCGCUAUGCCACCACCUCUGACGUCCCCAAAUGCGCGGCUGGAUGCUUUCAUGGGAGGAACCGGAUCGCACCCGACGACGAGGCCUGCGACGCCAUUCAACCCAUCCAUGUCGAUGCCGACAACUCCCCCAGAUUUGUACUUGGUCACCAGGAACUCACCCAACCUAUCGCAGUCAAUAUGGGAGAACUUUCAGCCCGAUCAACUAUUCCCAGAGAGUGCACAUAUGCCGGCCUUCCCACCCCAGAUGUCACCACAGCAGACGCACCAAAAUGUCGACCCCAGCAUGAUGCAGUUCAACCAAAGUUCGCAGACUGGGGAGAAUCACACUGCACCGGGAACAUCGUCCGAGUCAUUCGGAGCGCAGAUAAAAACAAGCGGCAGCCCACUGCAGAACAGCGGCAGUCCGGUCCAGUUUGGCCAGAUGUCGGGCAACGGGUUACCUGCUGGAUUCUGGGCCAAUUUGGAUACGACGGCUGGUCCUAUUCAGGACGGUCAAAGCCCCGACAGCUGGGGGAGUGCAUCAUCUGCCCAUGGUGGUCCUGCGGUCCCGUCUACGCUCAAUGUGGAAGACUGGCUACAAUUCUUUGGUAUCAAUGGAAACGGCGAAAACCUGAAUAUCGACUUUUCUGCACUUGUUUAAGCCACGGUAUCGGCAUGGCCGGUGGAACAAAUGUAUCAACGUACUAAUUCCUGCGAUGUCCCCCAUCAUUUUCAAGAAGUUAUCAGCCUUCACAAACAUCACCAUAAAUGCAUACACCGGCCACCUGUCUGUCGCUAGGAUUGCGAGGAUUACCAGGUGGAAAUUUUCAGGUCUGGUGUUUUCUACAGUAUUUUGAGUAGAGCGUGUAUUGAUUAAAUAAUUAACCAAGGGCUGCUUACGGCUGGCCCUAUUUUCUGCCUGA